AUGUCAACGACUAUUGUGGAGACGCGGGACGGGCGAUUGUACGUAGGCUGUAUCCGGUCUUACGACCAUUACGGGAACGUGGUGUUGGACCGCUGCGUUGAACGAGUCCGGUUCGGUGGGGACUUUGGUGAACUGUAUCUUGGCCUGAUGUUCAUUCGCGGAGAGACUAUAGCAUAUUUUGGGCAUCUCCAGAAACCCUCUCCGGUCACCUUUCAAACCAACCUGCAACGCAUCCAAGACACUGACUCAGAUUCCCUUGCCGGCGCCACGAUUACUGAUGGUCGCAAAGUACCCUUGGAUGCCGUCUUUCAGCUACAACGGAAACAUCAACUAUCGAAGGUGGAGGCCGCUAAGACGUGGGAAUAUUAUCGUCGGAUCAAUGAGGAGAACGACGAGGAACAUGUUAAGGAUAUCAUCAUGCAGUACUUGUCAGCCCAGGCUUCGGUGGCUCGGCCGUCGCUUGAGCAGACGACGGAGUUCCGAGCGUGUAGUUGGAGUCGCCGACGGCGACGGGUAAGUGACGGCAGUAGCUCAACGUGUUCGGCGACGCCGCGGCUGCGUUACGCUUCCAAUCAGCGCGGUGUUGCUGGCAGCAGUAACUCGUUGGCGGAUGGUGUCAAGGUCGUGGGUUCGAAUCCACCGGGGCGCACAAGUCCCGUGGAACAUUUGCGGCCGUCGCUGCAGAGAUCGGCCAGUCGCGAAUUCGUCGGUGGCUUGCAACGCAGUCCCCAACGUGCGAGACGACGCGAAGACGAACGCUUCCUGAAUGCCACCCCAGACCCAGCGAAUGAUGCCAGGACGAACCACCGAGCGGCCGUCAGAGCGAAUGCAACACUAGACCGGACAGCCGGGGAUCGAGACCGGACAACCGGGCAUCGACACCGAACCACCGGGCAUCGAGAGCGGACGACCGGGGAUCGAGACCGGAGGUCCGGGGAUCGAGACCGGACGAUCGGGGAUCGAGACUGGGCGAUCGGAGAUAGGGCGCCCGGGGAUAGGACGACGGGGGACCGUGUAAGGGAGAGGCGGACCGAAGCCAUUAGGAAAUCUGCUGGGUCGUCACCGACGUUGUCGCCAGGGGAGCCGCGGCGGUUGGCACCGUCACGGUUGAUUAAGCCGUCGCGUUAUUCGUGCGCGCCGCUGAUUGCGGAAUGGCCGGAGGAAUCGCCGCUUAAGUGGGAGCCGCGGGCUCAAUUGCCACCGCGGAUCCCUACGUUGCGAGCGGAGUCAGAUGCUGGCGACAUGGCAAGUCCGUCCGUGCAGGACUUAGUCUCUCGAGACUACCUUUCAGCCAACGGGUGCACUUGCGAGAACAGUCGAGACAUGAGUUGUAGCAGUGAUGACCCAGGGCGCGGACGAGGCCUCAAAUCGGCCAUGAAGAAAUCAGGGGACGAGUCCUCCCUUAGCGUAUCCCGAGGCGUCGUAAUCACCGGUCCUGUCAUGGACAAGAGGUCGGUAACGGACAAUACACGUCCACCACGGUCCUUUUGGGAGAGCGCCACCAGUGAACAAAGCGAAGGCGGAGACGCCGUGUACGUCGGACCUGAUACCCGAUUCUCCUCGGUGGUCUACGUCCCACCUGAAGCACCUGUUAGACCCGUCAAGAAAGAAAUCAAGGAGAAAAAUUACACUCCCACUGCUUCUAUGAGUGGGGUCAUUCCCCAAACCGUCGGCCACUCGCAGCCUAGCCCAGACAUGUCCUCACCUCAUCAGUUCACCUACCCCCGCAAAUUGCCCCUUGGCGACUCCGACCCUUCCGAAACACUUAUGCCUAUGGAUAAUAUAAGAACACUGGACAAACUCGAUCACUCACCCUUCUACAAAGCCUGCGCACCCGUAAGAAUCACUUAG